CGGCGGUGCCGGUCGCACACACAGGGGGGGGCAUCUGGAGGAAACAAUCCCGGACAGGGUGCCUGCUCGGGGCAAACGCCACUCCCGCCUUCCCCGACCCAGUCACCAGGUGACAUUGCCGUACCCAGCUCCGGUUCGGGUGGAGCCCAGUGAGUGACAGAUGUGUGACACUGUGGAAAACCAUUUGCCACUCCCAGCGGAGAUCUGAGUUCUGGGACACGGAGGUGGGUACAGAAGCUGAGGGGUGGUCGCCGAGGAAGAUGCUGGGUUCAGAGCGCGGUGUUGUCGAAGAAUGGCUCUCAGAAUUCAAGUCGUUACCAGAAACCCACAUCUCCAGCUACGCCAGCAGCCUUCAUCUAAAGAAGUCCCUGGUGCCAGCACUCUACAGAGUCAUCCAAGACCCCAACAAUGAGCUGCUGGAGCCUGUGUGCCACCAGCUGUUCGAGCUGUACCGGAGCUCCGAAGACCUGCUGCGACGCUUCACCCUGCAGUUCCUGCCCGAGCUGGUGUGGGUAUAUCUGCGCAUCACGGCCAGCAGGGAUCGUCAGAGCAAUGGCUGCAUCGAGGCCCUCCUCCUGGGCAUCUAUAACCUGGAGAUCGUGGACAAAGACGGCAACAGCAAACUCCUUUCCUUCACAAUCCCAUCUCUGUCCAAACCAUCAAUAUACCACGAGCCUUCCAGCCUGGGCUCCAUGGCGUUGACCGAGGGGGCUCUCUGUCAACAUGAUCUGAUCAGAGUGGUGUACAGUGGCCUCCACCCUCAGAGGGAGACCUUCACGGCCCAGAACAGGUUUGAGGUGCUGUGUUUCCUCAUGCUCUGCUACAACUCGGCUGUGGUCUACAUGCCCCUUUCCUCCUACCAGUCCGUCUGCAGAAUGAGCUCGCGGCUGUGUGUAUGCGGCUUCCCCCGGCAGCAGCAGAAGCUUUGGAGGGAGCCAUGCAACCGUGUGCUGCUAGACCCCGAAUUCAUGGUGCAGAUGCUGACGGCUGUUUAUCAUGCUAUAUACAAUGGCGAGUGGGAGAUGGGGCGGGAAGCUCUGGAGGACAUCUUGUACAGAGCGCAGCUGGAGCUCUACUCCCAGCCUCUCCUGCUGGGCAACGCCAUGAAGAACUCGCUGCCAGAGAGCGCUCCCGACGAACCGCGGGGGCGCAAGGUGCUCCAGGUGGAGGUGACGCCCACCAUCAGUCGCAUCUCCAUCUCGGCCAUCACCACCGCCUCCAUACGGCGCCACCGCUGGAAGAGAGAGGAUUGUUUUGACUACUCAACUGACGCAGAGUUGAGCGUCGCCGUCAGUCCUCCUAGCCUCGCCCAGCAGCGCCGCCACCACCGUCACCACACGGCAGCCACAGAGGAGAGAGGGGAGCACGCUCACAGCCAGCACAGCAGCAGCAGCAGCAUCAUUCCCCCCAUCACACUUGAGGAUGCUGACGGUAUGAGCGGAGGGGAGGACUCCUUCAACAUCAACGACCCAGACGAGGGCUUCUCUUCUGGGGCGUCCAACAGCAGUCAGCCCAGCGGCACCAAGGCCGGUGUCGGCGUCAGGCCGAGGGAGAGCAGCCUCAACAGCAGCAACAGCAGCAUCAAGAAAGCCAUCGCGGCCCGCCUGUCCCGGGACAAGGAGCGAGAGCGGGAGAAGGAGAAAGAACGAGAGAGGGAGGCGGAGAAGCAGGCGGAGUUGUCUGCAGAUCACCAGGCUGCCGUGAGGAGGCAUCACCAGAGGCAGCCGUCGCCUCCAGCCAGCAUCACCUUAGAUGCCAUCCAGCUGAGCCCCAUAAAGAAGCACCUGAGCUUCCCCGUGGGGCCCACACUGGUGAGGACUGGCAGCACCUCCUCCAGCAAGUCCUUUGACUGCAUGAAUUUCAGCCUGAACGGAGGUGGGAACCAGCGACAGGAGGCGGUGGGAUGCUCAGACAAAGGAGGGCCUCCUGCUGGGGGCUCCCAUCGCCACUCAGCCAUUAGCCUACAGGAGGAGCACCUGAACAGGCCAGAGGAUGCUCAGGACCUCCUGUCUCCCGGAGCUCCCCUCACCAAGCAGUCUCGCUCCCCCAGCUUCAACAUGCAAAUCAUAUCACAGGUCUAACAUGCAAAGCAGGGCAUCGUAAACACACACGAUGCUUUCCUCAUCCUCGUGCUGCAACUCUCUGCAGCCCCACUAUGGUGACUUUAGUCCACCUGUCUGUGUCGGUGUGUGUGCGUGUAUGUGUAGGACCACAGAUCUCAAGAAUAGUGUCCUCAUCCUUUUGACAUCCAUUAAACGUACAAUCACCUGAGUAGAUCAUCCCUCUGGGGUAGAUUAACUAAGAGCGUCACAAGGAAGCAGGGCGCCCCCGACGGACCUCUGCUGCACCUGCAAAACCUCUCCUCAGAAGGCGGAAACACCACGCCGCUGCAAAGAUGGGACAAUUCAGAGUUUAACAUAAAUCAGCAAUAACGCCAUGGCUCAUGUGAAGGAGAGUGGCUCCUUCUCGACUUUCCUUCCCUUUUCAUUCCCGGGCUCUUGUGCAAUCAUUCUUGCUGAUUAUCUUCCUUUUUAGUUGACUUUUAAUUGGGCAUGUUCUAUGAACAUUUUUUUUUUUUACAUGUUCAUGUACAAUCCAAAGAAUGUAGUUUUCAACGUUGGUAUCACAGAUUUUAGUUUUCAACUUUUGACCUUUUUAUUUUAAUUAAUAAUGAUGAUGAUAAUAAUAUAAUUUGUCCUGUAGGAUCAAAGUUAUAAAAACCAAACCGUAGUAUAAGAUUGGUCUGUGUUGACCCAAGCUUUUAACUGGACAAAUCACUGCUAUGCAGCUAAAGGAGCAAAACAGUGUCUUAGUGCAUUCAAAAUCUGAAGCAGAAAGAUCUGGAUUGAAAUGUUCUACGUCCACAAAUUGCUGAACGUCAAUGACUGUGUUUUAUGCUGGAUUUUUAAUCUGGUUCAAACCAUUUCACGGGUCCUUCCAUCUUCAAGUUAGUGCUGAGGCGUGUGUGGGCGCACGUGGCUGGCGAAUUACUGCCCUCUGGUGGCUCCUAGUGGUCACUGCAGCCGCCGUCGCCACAAUGAUAUGAUGUCUCGGUUUGUGCUCACAAAACAUUUUGUUCUACCUCAUUGUGUGUUCACCUGCCACUCAGACACCAGUUUUCCCCGACAGGUUUGAAGCAGGAGAACUUUGGUUUGGGGGGUUUUGUUGAGUAGAGACCAUGAACACGUGACCACACUGUAAAGCCCAUCUGUGUUCCUGUGUGGAUUUGUGGCUGAAUAUCUGGGCCUUGCAUUUCCCUUCAGUCACGUCACGCACGACAUCCAGUCUCAAAACAAGAACGGUCUUCGUGUUUUCAUCAUAUACUGUAUCAAACAACCAUGCUGAGAUUUACCUUCAUAUUUUUCCUCCCCACAAAUGUCCUGCUUACGUUUUCUACGUCCUGAUUUUUAAAGUGCAAUUUUUUUGAAUCCUCAUGCAUGGAGUGGGACCUUCUCUGCCAUUGAACCACCAUCCUUCUCCUGGAGCUCCUCCGCAGGCUGAGCGGUGUGAGGACGGGACGCCUGUCUGCAUGCGCGGUGCCGUCGGCCAGCGAGCCAAACCCAAGUCUGUCCUCGUCUUUGCCAGAUGUGCCAAUACACAUCCUCUCCUUAAAAAAAGUUGUUGUCUUAAGUCAGAGGCCUCUUCUUUCAUGUUUACUUGUCUUAUUUAAAGUGGAGGGACAAUGAAACGUGGCUCAACGUGCCCUUAGAUCACCUUUUUGUGUUAUUUUUAACAUCCUGCUGAUUCACUGUACUUUCAAUCAUCACCGCUUUGCCGUUUGCUGUAAAAGCAGUGUAUUGUGGGUCUGUAGAUGUGCUGUAGGUGUCAGCUUUUGUGUUCCCCCGUGUCCUGCUCGCUUGUCCAAGAAUGCGGUUGAACGAUGCAGCGUGUGGAAAAAGUCAGCUCGGUCUGCAGCGUCCACGCUCCCGCUGUGCUGGAAACCCUCACGCUGCUGCUCCCGGUCCAGGCCGGGUCCUGGGUCACUCAGCCUUAGCCAUUUCGGGCCAAAACGAGGGCGUCUCGGCUCCGCCCGGGCCGGAGCGCGGCCUCACCCUGUCUGUCCUUGUGUUUCGUGGCUCUCACUGAGCCGGGUUCCCAUUCGCUGUAUUAUGCCGUGAGUUGAGUCGCACCUUUUUGCUGUUUUACAACCAGUGACGUGUCCGUGUCAUUAAUGCGCGUGCUCCUGACUGAGAUUACCAGCGGCCAUGUUGGUCCUGUAUGUUGACUCGGAGUAAUCGCUCACUGUCUGCUGUUAUUUGCAUGUGAUGAGGGUGGAAAAUAAGCGCGUGCGUUUUCCAUCGCCGACUUAUAAGCGCAGACAUCCUCAAAGUCCACAUACAUUCAAGGCAAACCUCUUAUGUGGUGAAACUCUCCGGUUGUGAUUUGUACUUGGACACAGUUCAUUUCUCGCCCUGCGUGUGAUAACUGGGCUUCGUUUUCAUACAGUAUAAUGCACUUUAAUCCACCCACCUCCCUCCUCAAGAUAGUUAUUGAGAUCAUAUAUUAUAGAUGUGCAAAUGUGUGUACACUCAAUGCAGGGUUUAGUCUCUUUAAAGUAGUACUUCUAUGUGAUGUCACACAACACAAUGCUAUUUUUGUUAAAUCUAAGGGUACAGCUGUUAUUUUUUUCUGUUUAAAACCAAAAGAAGUAGUUAUGGGGCCUAGAUGGGUCCCGGGAGUUUAUCAAAAAGCCACAUUUUAAAAAUGGCAGCACCAAAAUUUCAGUUCUCGAGGUCAGAAUUGAUUCUAUGCAACAUUUCUUCCCCUCUUUCUUGUGUACAUUGUCUCACGGGACGGGGUUCAUGCAUUUAGGCUGAUGACUGAGGUGCAGGGCGUCACCGGUGUCCCCCAUUCAGCGGAUCUGUUUCUACACCGGGCCGUGGUGCUGCAGAGCCACGGACCGCCCUCCUGUGGGUGAACUGAGAAGCGUCCGUGCUGUCGCCACAGAGGGACCCGUCUCAGUCCGCUGCUCUGUGGCUCCGAGACAUCGGCCGGUGUGUGAAAUAAAAGCAGAUGAUCAGUGGUGAAUCUAAUCUACGUGCUUCAAGGGAAGCUGCUGUAAGAUGUGAUAACACUGUACUAUUGAUGUUGUAUAAACGGAGAGACUUAUUUUAAAUCUUGUAAAUAGAUGUACAAAGGUGAGAGCAAGAUGAAUAUAAAAACCUAAGAGCAGUCUGAUGUGUAGAGAGAAAUUAAUCUGUAUAUUGUUGAAUAAAUAUUGUGCCGUAAGGGA